CAAGAAAAUCUUUAAAGUUUCAAUCAAAAUGUUCCAAAGAAGAAGGCCCAUUUUUCAGAGAGUCUCAAAUAUACUAAAAGUCUCGAUCCUGAGAAAACCAACCAUCCCAAGACUCAAGCUUCCUAUAAAACAAAGAAGAUCAGCCAAGCGGGUCAAGCUCCUUCAACAAUACAACUACAAGUUUCUUCAAGAGUCUCAGUUCUCACCUUUACGCACAUCUGUUAUUUCAUACCGUAGGAAGCGAAAUCCCAUAUCUAGGUUGGGUCUUAAAAAAAUUUACAGUUUAUUGUUUCUUUCUCGGUGCAUCGGUCGGUCUAGUGAUGAGCAUAUUGUUGAUACAAUAACACACAAUUUGAUGGAGAUGGAGUCUCUGCAUUUUGUAGACGGAGUUUCUUCUCCAUCAAGGGAAAUUUCGCAACCAUUCGAUUACUCCAGUGAAGAUGAUUCGAUUGACUUGAAAGCAGAGAGAUUCAUCAAAAAGUUCUACGAUGAGAUGAGGUUGCAAGAGCGGGAAUUUAAUUGUUAAGUGCUAUAGAUACUUUUUUGAAUUUUGUAAUUCUUAUUUUUGUGCCAUUUUGAUUUUCCACGUCAUUUGUGUGAUUAAUUUUCUCCGCGUCAUAUUUGAGAUGUCACCAAUUUUUUUUG